CCUGGACGGCUGAGGGAGAUCGCAUCGAUGUAUGGACACCCAUCAACGGAUAUGAAUGGCCCGUUCCCAUCCCGAAAGGUACCAACCUUGAACUUAUCCGCAUCGAGAUGUUGAGUCUGGGAGCGGAGUACGUAUGGCUGGAUGUACUUUGUUUGAGGCAAAAAGAUGGGCCAAGGGAGGAUUUGCGUGCGGAGGAGUGGAAGCUCGACGUGCCUACCAUUGGAGCGGUGUACCGAUUUUCUGAGGUGGUGAUUUGGUACUUGAGUGGUCUUGGGCGACCCUUGAGUAUCAAGGAAGACUACUUGGAAAGUGACCAGUGUUGGUUUCGACGUGCUUGGACGUUGCAGGAGAUCGGCCGUAAUCAGAUUAUCGCGGGAGAUAUUCCUGAUGGACCGCUCCACCGUGACACUCAGGUGGUAGACGAGGAUAUGAAGAAGAUCCUGACGAGGUUUCACAAACAGCUAAUGUCGGUGUCGCAACAUCGACUUGGUAUGUUUGACGUACUAUCGCAAAUGCAAAAACGGGUGUCGACCGUUCCUGUGGAUAAAGUCGCAGGACUGGCAUUUUGCCUUGGAUCAAAGAUGAUACCAGCGUACUACGAGAGUCAGUCUCUCGAGGACGCGUGGAUAGCACUGGUGAAUGUGAUGGGGGGAUGGUAUCGAGCACAGUUAUUCUUCUUAUAUCCCGAACCAGGCAAUGCGAGCCAAAGAUGGAGACCGUCGUGGGGGCAGGUCAUGACUGAACCUAUGCCAGUAGACUGUUACUGUUCAGCAAUGGUUGAUCGUAAUGAGGAGGCAGAUGGAGACUUGUUCGAUGGGUACUGUAUUGAAAGGGGGUUUGUGCGAGGUUUGGCUGUCGGAGGCGCAGAGGGUGUUGAUCGAUACGGAAUGUUGAUUGUUGACGACGUGCACGGGAAGAGCCAUACAUUCAAAAUCAUCGCCACCCACCAGCACCUGCUGCCGGAAGACAGGUACACGCUGCUUUCUACCACAUCGCCUCUACGGCGUUGGCAAGGGCGUCGCCGGUCGGUGAUAGAGCAAUAUUGGGUUGCCGGACGAAGAUCAUCGAACCAAAGGUUCGAGAAGUUCUCUGUGUUCAAAAUGGCUGAUGAAACGGAAGUAAAAAAGCUGAAGGAUCUUCGUAUUGCAAAACGGUCUCAUAAUUACCUUGUUUGAUGUGUUUGAUGUGUAGAGAUCGAUGUACAAAGUUCACAGUAGCCGCUGUGCGGUAUAAUAAUUCUGAGGAUUUGUUUCAGCAUUAGUACAUUCAGCAGCUUCGCAUGAUACAUUAUCUUUUCAUAUCCUAAGCAUCGCUUCUCCGCCGUCAAAUCCCACCACACGAUGCCUGCACCGCUUCCUAUGCUCCUCGUCGGCCAGUAUCGCAUCCUCUUUAGCACGCAGCUUCCUCUCUAUGGGCCACAGCAACC